AUAACAGAUAAGACGGACGUCGUCGUCUCAGUCGCACACGAGCCAUGGACAAUUUCGGUUACCGCGAGAUGGCUUGGUCAACCCCCUCCACCAUCUCCUCCAGCCGCAUGUCCACGCGAUCCCGUCUGCCCACCAGCACCAGCACCUGGCAGCGAGAUGAAGAGUUCCCCCUCAACACUUCAUACAGAUAUCUACGCAACCUCGACCUAGUUGAAGGUUCCCGAGAGAAAUCCAAAGAUUACUUGUUUGUUGGACCAUCCCCGCCAACCGAAGAUGCGGUGCAUAUGUUUCAUAACUUUGUUGUUUCACCGAUGGACCCAGAAGCCAAGAUCACAGCAGAAACAAUCAGACGAGCGUUAUGCGGACGCGCCUUUACCUUGGGCGCUGGAAGAUUCUUCGACGACGUGGAAUGUGGACUAGUCACAGUAGAUAACAUAGAAGAACAUAUUACAUCUGCCCCCGAAGGUGUAUUGAAUUUAACACUAUUAUGGGCAGCAUUUCUGUCACGUGACGAAUUGCUUCCACCUAUUUUAAAUGCCGGGGCGGAUAUUAACUCGGCAGAACCGCUUGGGCUAACAGCUCUACAUUUAGCUGCUUUCAGCGGAGCGGCGAGGUCUGCAGUGUUCUUACUUUCUCAAGGUGCCGAUCCAGAUUACACGCCUAAAUAUUUCGCUCCCUUACACUGCGCUGCGUUUGGGAAUUUCGUGGAAGUAGCUGAAGUUUUGAUAGCCAGUGGUGCAUCCUUACAUGCAGUCGUACAGCGAGCCGGCUGCGAAGAUAAUCUCGUCCAUUGCGCAGUGAGGUGCGACGCGAUAGAGUGCAUGGAACUUUUUAUAGAUAAGGGUGUUGAUCCAGGCUACGUGACUUCAGGUGGAUUUAAUGCAUUACAUUUAGCGGCAGAUCUCGGCGCGCAACGAUGUCUCACAUACCUAUUAAAAGCUACCAAAAUUCCCGUAAAUGGACUGACAAAACUACGAGACAAAGAAUGCACCGCACUCCACCUGGCUGCCGCGAGAGGCUAUCACGAAUGCGUCGAAAUUCUGUUGACAGAGGGUGCUAAGGCUUAUACAAAGAACUUUAAAGGUUUCACUGCAUUACACCUUGCUGCCAUGUGUGGAAGUUUGGAGUGCGUUGAAUUGUUACUCAGAGAUGGUAACGCUGAUGUAAACGCAGAGGAUUACGAAAAACGGACGGCUCUUCACGCGGCACUCAGUAACUCAGAGCGUGCGUGCGAUAUUAUAGAAAUGCUUGCAGGAUGGGGAGCGCAAGUCAAUAAAAAAGACGAAUAUGGUAUAUCACCGCUACACAAAGCUGCAAAUGAUGGUUUAACACAAUGCGUUGAAACUUUAAUCUUUCUUGGUGCAGAUGUUACUUCUAAAUCGAAAAAGGGACAAACAGCAUUAAGUGUGAUUGCAAGAAAAACGCCAAAGUCUUUAGCCAUUUUAAGACAUAAUUUGGAUAGUGGAAUAUCUCUCAGUAUUCCAAAAGCGGCUAACGAAGAAGUAGAAGUAGAAUUUGAUUUUGGACGUUUGCUGAAAUUUUCAUACCCUCGAGAGAUUACGUACUUGAACAAUUUGAUCGACGAAGGGCAAAAAGACAUUUUACUGCAUCCACUUUGCUCUGCGUUUUUGUUUAUGAAGUGGGGAAAGAUAAGAAAAUUUUAUUUGGCAAGACUUAUCUUUUGCUUCCUGUUUGUAACGUUUUUAUCAAGUUAUGCUCUAACUGCCGUAGUCAUAACUUGUAGAGGUAAUUUCACCACAAAAUAUGGUGUAAAGAAUGAACUUUGUCAAAAGCAGUCACUGUUAGGUGACAUUUUGGAAGAAAAUCCGAUAGAAUUCGAAAGAUGGGUGUUGAUGGGAAUAACAGUUUUCGAAAUUUUCCGAAAGCUUACAGGAAUAACUGGUUACAGUAGCAUUUACCAGUACUUUACCACUUUUGAGAACAUGAUGGAGUGGUUCGUCUUAUUAUCAGUAUUUUCACUGUAUAAUCCCCCUACAAACUACAGUUGGCAGAAUCACAUUGGAGGUUACGCUGUUUUGGGAGCGUGGACGAACUUGAUGCUGAUGAUGGGUCAGCUUCCUAUGUUCGGUGACUACGUGGCCAUGUAUCAAAAGGUACUUAAGGAAUUCUUGAAGCUGCUGUUAGCGUAUAUUUGUUUACUCAUGGGCUUCGCGAUUUGCUUCUGUGUCGUGUUCCCUAACGAGGAGAUGUUCGCUAAUCCUUUAAUGGGUUUCAUCAGUAUAUUGUCGAUGAUGGUAGGAGAGUUAAAUUUGAAUAUUCUUAUCAACGAACCGGACAAAGAUGAUCCUCCCUUAGUGUUCGAGCUGUCAUCUCAGAUCAUUUUCAUUCUGUUUCUCAUGUUUGUGACUAUAAUUCUAAUGAACUUGCUCGUCGGUAUCGCGGUCCACGACAUCCAGGGAUUAAGGAAGACUGCCGGGUUGUCUAAGCUUGUCCGACAGACGAAACUGAUUCUCUUCGUAGAGAUGGGUAUGUUUAGUCGCUGGUUGCCGAAAUGGCUUCACAAGUACGUGUAUCGAACAGCUCUGGUGUCUCCAGAGGCAGGCAAGGUUAUCAUGAGCGUCAAGGCGUUAAACCCUCGCGAGAAACGUCUGCCGACCGACAUAAUGAUGGCCGCUUAUGAGUUGGCACAGUUAAAUAAGAUGAACAGUGGAAGAUCUGUCCAGGAGGUGCUAUUCAAAAACAAGUAUUCUUCAAAGCUCAAGAAAGGAGAAACAUCAGAUCAAAACGUCAAUAUAGAAAUUAAAGGUAUGCAAGAGAAAUUAGAUCAAACUACGUUUAAUUUGAAGAAGAUAGACCAAGAGAUGAGGCACCUAAAUACUUUGCUGAUGGAACAGCAUUCACUUUUGCAGACCUUGUUGAAAAGUCAGGAGUCUCGCGUCGUGCCCUAUACUGCUUCUACAUACCAAGAAUCUCCAGUUUUCUUUUCUUAUGAUGUUCAAAAACUGCAACAAAAUUCUCAAGAAUACGAAGAAUAGAUGUGUACAUUUUUAAUUUAUUUGCUUAUAAGUAUGAUAAUAAAGUAUUCUUAAGAUAA